AUGGACAACAAUUUAUCGUGUGCAUGUGACUCUCCGUCACUGCAAACGCUUGAGAUCCUCGUCGGGCAGUGGCGAAAGGAGUGGGUGUCUGAAGAAAUGUGGAAUGAGGCAUACGAUGAAGCACUUCGUUGCGCCCUGAGCAAGGGGGAGCACACUGUAUUUGUUGAGCAGUGUGCACAGCAUGCUUCAGAGGGUAGAUCACUGCUGGAAAGUAUCAAGGACGUCAUGCACACUCAUUGCCCGUGUUGCAGGGAACGCCUGAAGUACAAUACAAUAUUACUAUAUGAUUUGCUGGUUAGUGUCACAUCAGAGGUGAAAUUUUUCGAAGUCAAAUUAGUUGUAGACACCGUCUGUAACUAG